GAGAAACCCGAAGACGCUCGAGUAUGGCCGAGACUGCCCGAAGCGGUGUGAACGAACGACGCGCACCGAACGACGCGGGGUCUUCUCCGGCUUGGGUGAAACAGCGUACGCGUCCACGGGCGCGGCUUGCGUCUCGAACUGGCGUUUUACAUGGGAAAAUGUCCUCCCUUGAUUAUCUGGAUUUGUGCCGGCUGUGUCUUGUGAAAGAUCGUGUCUCCGUGCCGAUUUUUGAGGGGGAAGGUGACGUUCGACAGAUAUUCCUCAAAAUCGCUGCCUGUCUGCCGGUCAAGGUUGCCAGAGAGGACAAAUUACCGAAAAAAAUAUGUGAUGACUGUGUGUAUAAAGUAGAAUUAUUUUAUCAAUUUUGGAACACAACGGCCAAUGCUGAGAAGCAACUCCUGCAAUGGCUCGGAGAAGUUGGCCUGGAGGAGAAACAGGGUUAUGUCACCGGAGUUCUCAAUCCGAGUGUGAUGAAGCAGGAACAAAACAGUGAGAGUAGGCUAGAUAGUAACGUGAUGCAGCAAGUGAGCGGGCAUCAAGAUAACAUGGGUGGUAUGACCAUGAUAGACAAUAUGGGCUUGGGGAUGCCUAUCAUGAUACCCAGUGGCAAUCAGCAACAAAUCACCUCAGUUCCUAUGGACACGAGCGGUAACUCCGUUCAGACAGUGCGGCCAGUGCAGCAGGCGGUGGUGGCGGUGGCGGGUCCCAGUGCGCAACCUAACCACCAGGAACAAUUAGCGCAGAACCAAGGAAGUGCCAGUGCGACUGCUGGAACGGGUACUAAUCCAACCACAGCCACUCCUACCGUUGUCACUGCGUCUAUUUCGCAUCAAGACGACGAGGAGGAUACUACUGACGAGGAUGAAAACUCCGACGAAGAGUGCGACGCCGAUGAAGGCUUACCUGUCAAAGAAGAGAGUGAGGAAGAUCCAAGUAAUAAUAGAACUAUCGAGCCCACGACGUUUGUGAACGUUUCACUAGCGUGCGACGAAGCAGGCCCUUCGGGACUACAGCAACAAAAAAUCACCGAAAUGCCUGAAAUGUCUAUGCCUCAGGCAGCCGACGGCGACCCCAAGUCUGGAUAUUAUGUUUCAAAGAUCACGAUGCUGCCGCAGGAGUGCGAUGGCAGUGAAAUGAGCGCAAAGGUAUUUAGCGACAGUACCGAAAUCAGGCUGAUUCCACAGAACGUUGUCGGGGGGGUAGGGGUUGCGAUUGGGGUCGGGAUCGUCGAGGAAAGCAUCUUCCCAUGUACCAUUUGCGGCGAGGGUUUUAUAUCGAAGCAGGCGCAGGACGCACAUCUCAAGACUCGACACGAGGAGAAGAUCCUCGCGGUCGAAGUGGAAACCGAUUGCGAGACCGAAGUAACUAUAGGAGAGGAGGAGCAGCAACAGCAGCAGCAGCAGCAGGUCAGCGAGACUAUUGGCGGCGGCGGCGGCGACGGCGGCGACGGCAUAGCGACUUCGGGUGGUGCUUAUGCGUGCGAACACUGCGGUCGAUCGUACACGACGCCCUCGGUCCUGCGGAAGCAUCAGCUGGUUCACACCGGCGAGAAGAGUCACACCUGCGAGACUUGCGGCUACGCGAGUGUCCAUCGGCAGAAUCUCUUGAGCCAUCAGCGCCGCCACAAUUUCGAGUACAAAUUUCAUUGUGAGAUAUGCGGCACGGGAUUCUACGCGAAGAGCAACUACCUGGAGCAUCAAUUGAUGCACUCGAAGGAGAAGCCCUUUCAGUGCGAGAUAUGCAGCGCGACCUUUCGUUAUCGUCAAGGACUUCGACUUCACGCCAAGCUGCACCAGCCUGAUUACGUGCCACCUCAGAAGAAGCAUCACUGCGAGCUCUGUAACAAGCGCUUCUCUAGGAAGCAGGUCCUCCUGGUGCACAUGAAGACACACGGCACCUCCGGUAGUCAAAAUGAAUUCGUCUGUCAUAUAUGCGGCAAGGCCGUAUCCAGUAAGACCUACCUGACGGUGCACGUGAGGAAGCACACGGGGGAAAAGCCUCACGUCUGCGACCUCUGCGGCAAAGGAUUCAUCUCGCAGAAUUACUUGAGCGUCCACAGGCGCACUCACACCGGCGAAAGACCUCACAAGUGCACGCACUGCGAGAAACGAUUCACGCAGAGGACCACUCUGGUCGUUCAUCUGCGGGGCCACACUGGAGACAGGCCUUAUCCAUGCACCUUUUGCCAUAAAUCUUUCGCUUCCAAGACUAUGCUCAAUUCUCAUCUCAAGACGCAUGCGAAGCAGAAUGCUCGCGCACAGCAGGAGCAGCAACAGCACCACAAUCACCACCAUCAGCAGCAGCAGCAGCAGCAAGAACAGCAGCAACAGCAACAACAACAACAACAACAACAACAAGAACUGCACUCACAACGUCACGACACAGCGACCGUCAUGUUGCCUGGCUAGAAGUGUGAGUGAGAAAGAGAGAAUGAGACGUUGGCUCUCUUUAAGACGAUGAACUGACACGUUACGAGCAAAGAAGUCGAACGGACAGACAAGCAAGUAUAGAGACAAGUAAAGAAUAAGUUGGGUAGUUUGGUGCUUUGAAAUGCAUUUCUUUUACAAAAUAGAAUCUCUAUGAUUUGACACGCAAACUGCUAACCGCUGAUCGCUAAAUGCUAACUCGGUCCGUAUAUUGUCUUCAUCGAGUAAAUUCUACGUUAUAAGUUAACUUUCCGAUUCUAGAGACUAAUAAUUAUUUACAUGACUACAUACGAGAUUAUAUUGACUUUUUGGGACGCGUUUUAUACAAUUUUUUGAAAGAUUUAUUUAUUGUUUCGGUUUCUAUAUUCUUUGCACUAUAUAAAAAAAGGUAUUUAGCUCUUUUCGCUAUGGCACACGUGAUAUGUAAGGCUCUCACUGUGUACAGACCAAGCCUAGCAAUGGUUAUUAUGUAUACUUUCUUCAUAAGUGCUUAUCAACAUCCAGAGAUCACAUACACAGACACACUAUAUAUAUAUAGCCUCGUAGCAAAAGGGUUAAAAACGUUUGAAAAUCUCAUUCAGACAAUUUCACAGGCUUUUGACCACGAACCAAGGAAAAAUGGAUUCUCUCAUGACUGUGAAAACGCCAUAGGCCUUAACUAAAUAUUUCUAGCGUUGAUUUUGACGCCGGUGAUGCAGCUACCUUAGAGAUUUGGCAAUCCGGAAUGCGGAUGCUGUGUGCCUUAGUUCCUAAAUAUCAACCGUCCUUUCAUAAGUGAUUCUUUCGAAAUUUUUUAGCGCUAUUCGCUCUGAAGUUCGGGAGUUCUCGAAAGCUUUUUCCGUCCGUGCGAUACGCCUUAAAUUUCGAAUAUUCUUGAAGAUUUCUACACUUAGACAUUCGAGACCUUUUGAUAUUCAGUUAGUUCGAUUGACUUUGCACUGACUCAAGGCGAAAAGCGGCCGUGGUUCGUAAAGGUUGCAUCAUUCGUAAGUUAAGAGACAUUGUUUUUCUACCGUGGUAGUUAUUAUAGAUCAUCGACUAUUCUGAUCGCUUCUUUAUCGAGACGCAUUUUUCAUCAAGCUAAAAGGUUGUGACGAUUAAAGAAUUCCAAGUAAAUUGGAAACAUAUUUAGGAAUUAGACAGUAGAAGCAUAUUGCUAACAGUCCAGAUGACUAACCAUCCGAAUUUCAAGUUUCUAAUUUACUACGAAUGCACUGUAAGAGGCAUAUUAAAUCGUGAAUACUCGGAAACCUAAAGCUGAGCCUGAACGGCGAAUAACGGUGAAUCUGUGUUUUCUUGGUUUCUGUCGAUAGAGACGACCCUAUGAUAUGCCACAUACGUCAUCGUGAGUGCAAAUCCGAUCGAACUAUCUUAGGAGUGAAUGUCGCGCUUUUAUACGUGGCGCGAGAUAUGCUCAGAACUCUCUACUGUAAUUCUCAUUGUUAGUAUUUUCUUUAUUUUACUAGCCGGAUUUGUUAUUCUCUCUUUUACAUUCCAUAGCAAUUAUUUUUUAAUAUUUAAAAUAUCGGCCUAAAAUGAUAUAUUAGGAACUCUUUCGUUAAAAGUAUUAUAUGUAUAUGUGUUAGCUUCUUUGUUACUUCAGACGAUUCGAAAAUUUAUGAGAAACACCGUUCCAGCAAUACUAUUAAAUUACUUUAUAUUGUUAUCUGUCCUUUAUAAUAGUCGCCUAAUCUAGUAAUUGCGUUAUACACAUUUUUAUAUAAUAGUAAUGAUUUCUUUGUUUCACACCCACGCACGCGCAGCGCGUGCCGCCUUGAUUUCUUCUUAAUUCGCUCUUCAUCAUUGUUCUUACAUUUUUAAAAGUAAUUCACUGAUAUUUAAUCAUAUUUCCUUUUUCACUCUAAGCAUGGUUGCCGAUAAAGACGAUUGUAAAUGGUCUAUUUUUGUUGUAAAUAUAAGUUUCAACGAAGA